UAACUUUACUUCGGGUAAAGUUUUUAAAGUAGGAAAGUACACAGCCCUCCUUGUCUCUGUCUUUAAAAGAGUGAGUCAGUCACCAAUAGCCUCACUCUUUUGGCCUGAGUCCCUCCUUUCCAAUUGCACAUCAGUGGAAAAGCCCAACAUGAGUGGAGGAGAGGCACGAGCACACAGCAGAGGUGGAGUUGUUUCUGUAAAAGGCUCCUCUGUCCUAGCUCUGGCAGGUAGCCAGGUGGCAACUGCAAGGAUGUGUCACAGGUAAACUAGGCAGACUUUGUAAACCAUACACUGAACCUUAAAAGCCCCCUGGAUGACAUUUUGUAGGUUACCGAGUUGUAAAUCAGUUAAGUCACAGUAACAUCCGGGAAUCACACAAGGACUUUAAACCAGAUCUUGGAGAUAGGAGACGGACUUUGACACACGAAUCAUCGUAUAAGGGGGAGAAAAGGGACUGGAAAGGCCAUUAGGUUGUUAGUGAGAAGGAACGUGAUCAGGAUCAUGGCCAUGUGGAGGACAGUGGGAGCCCUUCUGCUAUUAGUAAAUGCCACGUUUUGCCAGCGUAGCAUCAGGUGGUGCACCAUAUCGGAACCAGAGCAGAGGAAAUGUCAGGCUAUGUCGCAGUCUUUUGCUGAAGUCUCCAUCCGUCCCACCCUCAGCUGCGUCCCGGGGCCAACAGUCGAAGGCUGCAUUGAGAAACUGCAGAAAAAAGAAGCUGAUUCUUUGUCUAUGUUUGCAACUGACAUCUACAACGCAGGGAAAACUGCCUCCUUUAAGAUGGCUGCAAGUGAAUCAAAGAAUGGGGAAACCGCAUCCUACUAUGCAGUUGCCGUUGUAAAGAAAGCAAACUCGGCCAUCAAUAUCCACAACCUAGCAGGAAAGAGGAGCUGCCACACUGGGAAGGGUCGAACUGCUGGCUGGAAUAUGCCUCUGGGAUACCUCAUAGACCAGGGCUACAUGUCUGUUAUGGGCUGCAACAUCCCACACGGCGUGGCAAAUUUCUUCAAUGCGAGUUGCAUCCCUGGAGCUAACCAGCCCGGCGACCCUGAGUCUCUGUGUGCGCUAUGCAAAGGGGACAAUAAUGGGCAGCACAAGUGUGAGAUGAGCAGCAAUGAAAUGUACUUCAGCUAUGAGGGAGCUUUCAGGUGUUUGGUUGAGGAUGCAGGAGAGGUGGCUUUCAUUAAACACUCUACUGUCGGGGAGAACACUGACGGUCUUGGCCCUGCCUGGGCACAAACGCUGAAGUCAUCGGACUAUGAGCUGUUGUGUCGUGAUGGAACUAGAGCUCCUGUUUCUCAGUGGAACAGGUGCCAUCUGGUCCGCAUCCCGUUCCGUGGCAUUGUGGUUAACAAUGACAUCACUCCCUCUGUGGUGUUUAACAUGUUGAAAGAAGGUCAGGAAAAGUCCAACUUCAACAUGUUCUCAUCUGCGAAUUAUGGAGGAGGAACUGUUCUUUUCUCUGAAUCCACUACCACGCUAGUCGGGGUCGAAUCAAAUGAGCCAAACAGGUGGAUGGGUAGCAUCUAUCAUGAUGUUAUGAAAGCCAUGGACUGCAAAGCUGAAGAUAUCCCUGGUGUGAUCCGGUGGUGUGUGUUGUCAAGCGGGGAGCAGCAGAAGUGUGCUGAUAUGGGUGCAGUAUUCCAAAGUAAAGGUCUGACACCAAGCAUCAACUGCAUCUAUGGCGACUCCAUCACGGACUGCAUGGAGAGAAUCAAAAACAAAGAGGCUGAUGCCAUCACCCUGGAUGGAGGAUACAUCUACACAGCUGGCAAAGACUACGGCCUGGUUCCUGCCGCUGCUGAGAGUUAUACAGAUGACCGUGAUGGUGCUACGUACUAUGCAGUCGCAGUGGUGAAAAAGACCAGCACAGACAUCCGCAACUUUGAUGACCUACGUGGUAAACGCUCAUGCCACACCGGAUAUGGUCGCACAGCUGGCUGGAACAUCCCUGUUUCAUCUCUGAUGGAGAGAGGCCUGAUCCGCCCUCAGCACUGUCAGAUACCACAAGCGGUAGGAGAGUUCUUCAAACAGAGCUGUGUACCAGGUGCCAGUCAACCCAAUUUCCCCAGCAGCCUGUGUGAUCUGUGUGUGGGAGAUGGCUCAGGACAGAACAAAUGUGAGAAGGGACAAGACCUGUUCGAUGGAUAUAAUGGAGCUUUCAGGUGUCUGGCUAGUGGCAGUGGAGACGUGGCUUUCGUCAAGCAUUCCACUGUCUUUCAAAAUACUGAUGGUCAGUCAUCUGAAUCAUGGGCUACAGAUCUUCAGUCCAAAGAUUUCCAGCUGCUCUGUUCCCAGAAUACCAAAGCAGAAGUCACACAGUACAGAUACUGUAAUCUGGCCAGAGUCCCUUCUCAUGCUGUAAUGGUACGACCAGACACCAACAUCCAUGCUGUGUUUGGGCUCCUGGACCGCGCACAGGCACAUUUUGGCACCCAUUCAGGUGACGGAUUCAAGAUGUUUGACUCUCAGGCGUACAGUGGCACAGACCUCAUUUUCAAAGACUCCACCAUUCGUAUAGUGGGUGUUGCUGAGAGAAAAACCUACCAGGAGUGGCUGGGUCAGGGCUACAUGGACUCACUGGUUAAUAUGGAAUGCAACUCGUCAAACACAGUGGUGUCGUCAGUGUGGCUGCUGCUGCUGGUCCUGCUGGGCACCAUGCUGACCAACUCCUGGAUGUAAUCCCACGGCUUCACAGUGGUCUCCGAUACAACAGGCUUCUUCCAUUUGAUUUUUUUUCUCAGAAAUUCAUUAUAUUCAUCUCUUUCUCUUUCCACUCUUGGAUACUCCAUAUAAGCUAGCCCUUCUCUUUUCCCGUCACUUUUGAUGCUCUGAUGUUGGCUUUAAAGCUAUCCUGAUUGCUGACCCGUUGAAAACAAAAUCAUGUCUUUCAUAGCGCUUUGGCCUUGCUUUUACACGAUUGUGAGUUCAUUUGAGCUUCUAUAUGAGAAGACAACUGCCUCUGGAUUUUGAUAGCACUAAUGUUAAAGCAUAUCAAGUAAAAUUAUUAGUCAUAGUGAAGGUGCGAGUUCGCUACAGGUUUUCAGGAGUGUGGAUAAGAGGAAAGGUGUUGCUGCUAAUUGUUUACUGAAGGUGAGUUUGCCAUAUCAGUGAGUAUGCUGCCACCUGUUACAUUGCUUUAGUGCAACACUGCCUCAUUCACGACAGUCUUAUGUUUGACCUCAUGCAAUCAACUGGAAAUUUGACCAUGUCCAGCUUACCUCAUCAAGAAAAGAAAUGCAUUUCCACUGGAAGUUUUAAAAUUGAAUUGCUCAGGCUUCUCUAACUCCAGAUCAACUCUUUCUUUUUCAAUGAUAAUGACUCUAUCAAGUUUUCAGGAUCACAUUGAAACCCUUUCAUUUUUUGUUUUCUGUAUAAGAGUCUGUUUACCUUUACUAUAAGCUACUUUAUUAGCACACAGUCAAUAUACAUCCUGCAUUGCGUCUAUUGCUCACAUGUUCUGCAUAUCAUUUUGUACAAAAAUGGAGUUAUGUAAAGCUGUGUGGGCCAAGUUCCAUCAGGGUUGGGGAAAACAUCAUGGAAACAUCCUGUGCUGAAUGGUUAAAUGAGAACAUAAGUUUAACUAAUUACAACUUAUACAAUCUAAUGCCUGAAAUAUUUUUCCUGUACUCAGACCUUCUGGUUUCUAUCAUAUUGUACUGAAAUGUCUGCUGCUUGUUGCUGUUUCCUGGAUUAUAAUGUUGAUUUGAUGUAUAUUUUCCAGUGUUGAGAGAUUUAUUUUUAUAUGAAGUUCAGGUGCCAUAUCAGUGUAUAUGUACUGACUCAUGCUGUCAGAAACUAAUGCCUUCUCUUCUUCCUUAUUUCUAUGUGAAAUGAUGUCAUUUGUGACUAAUAUUUAGUUGCCAGGCCAGUGUGUCUGCAUAAGUAUUGCUACAUAAAGCUACUUCUCAUCUUAUUAAAAUGAAAUAAAACUAUGAACAUCCAAAUCCAGUCUGCCAAGUGAUCCUUUAUUAUUAAUUUGUCUGCA